AUGGCUACGCAGGGAGAAGUACCAGCCACCGACGCUGCUCGUCCGGCGCCAGAGUCCAUCGAGAAGAAGCUGGUGGACGAGAGCAAGCAGGCCGGGGUGCCUGCGUUCCAGUUCGACCCGGAUGCGUCGCCAGAGAAGAAAGCUGAACAGGCAAAGAUGGCGAUACCUGCUGGUUUCCAGAGGAAUGGCACGAAUGGAACAAAUGGGAAUCAUGCUAUCAAUGGGAAGCAGGCUGGUGCCGUUGCUCCAGCUACGGAUAUUGGAACUACAAAUGGCACGAAGAAGCCCGAUCAAAUGGAAAAAGCUGAUGGAGAAGACAAACCAAAGAUGGAGGUCAAGGAACUUACUGAAGAGGAGAAAUUCGCCCCCGGCCGAACUGGAUGGGCUCCUCGAUUCUCUGCUCCGGCUACAGAAGAGAGCAACGGCGACGAGCCCGGACUGCCUCCGACCAUCCUAGAGGGCAGGCUUGACGAUAAAUUCUUCGGAGAUUGGUACCACAACUCUGCGGUUAUCAUAUUCGCUUGUCUAGCCUCCUGGAUCGUUGCCCUCCUUGGUGGUGGCUUGGGAUGGGUGUUCCUCGUCAUGGCUGCCUGUGGCACCUACUACCGUACCUCUAUCCGCCGUGUUCGACGAAACUUCCGCGAUGAUAUUACCCGAGAACUGGCUAAGAACAAGCUCGAGACGGACUCUGAGACUCUCGAAUGGAUAAACAGCUUCCUUGCCAAGUUCUGGCCCAUCUACGCUCCAAACCUUGCCCACUCUAUCAUUUGCUCCGUGGACCAGGUCCUCAGCACCUCUACCCCGGCUUUCCUCGACAGCUUGCGUCUCAAGACAUUCACACUCGGUAGCAAGCCACCGCGCCUCGAGCAUGUCAAGACCUACCCCAAGACUGAGCCAGAUAUUGUCCUCAUGGACUGGAAGUUCAGCUUCACGCCUGCUGAUAAGAUGGACAUGACUGCUCGCCAGAUCAAGGACAAGAUCAACCCCAAGGUUGUGCUUGAAGUUCGUGUCGGUAAGGGUAUUGUCAGCAAAGGCCUCGAUGUCAUCGUGGAGGACUUUGCCUUCUCCGGCCUGAUGAGAGUAAAAGUAAAGCUGCAAAUCCAGUUCCCACACGUCGAGCGUAUUGAUAUCUCUUUCUUGGGUAAACCCGAGAUCGACUACGUCUGUAAACCCCUUGGUGGUGAAACCCUCGGUUUCGAUAUCAACUUUAUUCCCGGUCUCGAGAGCUUCAUCACUGAGCAGAUCCACGGAAACCUGGCCCCAAUGAUGUAUGAACCAAACGUUUUCCCCGUCGAAAUAGCUAAAAUGCUCGCUGGCAGCCCAGUUGACCAGGCCAUUGGUGUUCUCGCCGUCACUAUCCAUGGAGCCAACGGCCUCAAGAAAGCCGACCAGUUCUCCAGCACUCCAGACCCUUACACCUUGGUUUCGAUUAACAGCCGAACCGAACUCGGCAGGACAAAGACAGCACAUGAUACUUCCAACCCCAAGUGGAAUGAGACGCUCUAUGUUAUCAUCACCUCUUUCACUGAUGCCCUCACCCUACAGGUCUUCGACUGGAACGAAAUCCGAAAGGACGUCGCACUCGGAACCGCAACCUUCUCCCUGGAGUCUCUUGAGACAGAGGAGGUGCAUGAGAAUCUUAACCUCGAUGUUAUGCUAAACGGCCGUCAUCGUGGCGUGAUGCAGGCAGACGUUCGCUUCUUCCCCGUCCUGACGGCCACGAAGACUGAGAGCGGUGCCAUUGAACCUCCACCGGAACUCAACACCGGUAUUGUUAAGUUCACCGUCGAGCAGGCAAAGGAUCUCGAUGGAAGCAAGUCCUUUAUCGGGCAACUCAACCCUUAUGCUGUCCUGCUCCUUAACGGCAAGGAAGUCCACAUCACCAAGAAGCUGAAGCGCACCAACAACCCCAUCUUCCCCGACCCGUCAAAGGAAAUCCUCAUCAGCGAUCGUAAGACCGCUCGCCUCGGAAUGAUGAUCAAGGAUGAUCGUGACCUUGCUACUGAUCCAAUUCUCGGAAAGCAGCAGAUGAAGUUAAACGACAUGUUGAAGAUGAUGGAAAAGGGCAAGGAAUGGUUCGAACUUUCUGGUGCCAAAACCGGUCGUGUCAAGAUGAGGUUGGAAUGGAAGCCAGUUGCUCUCAAGGGCGUCGUUGGCAGCGGUGGCUAUAUCAACCCUAUCGGUGUCAUGAGACUUCACAUCAAGAGCGCAAAAGACCUCCGAAAUGUCGAGACUAUGGGCAAAUCUGACCCCUAUCUACGUGUCUUGAAGGCUGGAAUGGAAACUCGCCGUACCGUCACCUGGUUGAACAACUUGAACCCCGAGUGGGAUGAGGUCCUCUACGUGCCUGUCAACUCUCCCCGCGAAAAGCUGAUCCUUGAAGUCAUGGACGAUGAAUCCAUUGGAAAGGACAGACCGCUUGGUUUGGUUGAAUUGAACGUUGCUGAGUACAUAAACGAGGGCGAGGACGGCGAAUACGAAGUCCAUGAUGAGAAGAGAGACUUGUCCACUCCUCUUAAGCUCGAUGGCCGUAGUAACCAGAAGGGAGUCCUCAACUACACUGUUGCCUUCUAUCCAACUCUCAACGUCAUUGACCCUGAUGAAGAGGCAGAGGAGCUUGAGGCCCAGAAGGAGCUUGCUGCUGCCACUGCUGAAGAAGGUGGUAGCAUGCCGAGUGACUCAGACUCUACUACCAAAGCUGAGGCUACCACGAACGGUGGUGCUCGUUCAAGCACUGAUGGCCUGACCAACGGCGAGAAGGCUGAGAAGGAAGUGCCAAAGAUCCGCCUUACUCCUCAGGAUGUGCACAAAUAUGAAUCUGGUUUGAUUGUUUUCAAGCUAGAGGAGGGUGAUUUCUCAAACACUGGCACCCAGCUCGAGGUCUUGAUGGAUGACAACCUGUACCCAACUUACACCUCCCCAAAGAUUCAACACAAGCAUAUGGUAUUUGGCGAUAUCGGUGAUGCAUUCGUUCCUGAAAUGGAGUUCUCUAAGAUCACGCUGCGCCUUGUUGACAAGUCUGACCGUCCCGGUGAAGACUCUGAUGAUCAUUCGAUUGCCAAACUCUCCGGGCCAACCCUGGCCACUCUCCAGCAAUGCUUGUAUAAACCAACUGAGCUCGUUCUGAGAGGAUCCGAUGGCAUCAACAGCAAGGUUACCGUGAGCUUGAAGUAUCUCCCAGUUAAGAUGAAGCUUGACCCAGCUGAGAGUAUCAACAACAUGGGAAAUCUCCGAGUGGACGUCCUGGAUGCUGCCGACCUACCAUCAGCAGAUCGAAACGGAUACAGUGACCCAUACUGCAAGUUCAAGCUUGGAGAUAAGGAAGUGUUCAAGACCAAGGUGCAGAAGAAGACGCUGCAUCCGGCUUGGAACGAAUUUUUCGAAACGCCCAUCAAGUCUAGAAUUGCAGCCAGCUUUAGAGCCGAUGUUUACGACUGGGACUUUGGUGAUAAGGCAGACUACCUUGGUGGUACCGUUAUUGACCUUACGCAGCUGGAGCCAUUCCAGCCCCAGGAGAUCAGCCUUCCUCUCGAUGGCAAGUCUGGUGCAAUCCGACUGAAGCUGCUCUUCAAGCCAGCCUACGUUACCCGUUCUCGACAAGGUUCAUCCACAUUCUCUGGCACUUUUGCAACGCCAGGAAAGAUUGUAGGAGCUCCCGUCAAGGGAGUUACCAUGCUUGGAGGCGGAGUGGUCAAGGGAGCAUCUUUCUUGAAACACGGCUUCAAGCGGUCCAGCCGUGCCCACGCUGAUGGAGACGCGGACGCAGAAGCAGCUACCGCCGCCAGCAACGGGGCCCACGGCCAUACACCCAGCGUCGAGAUCUCGGCGCCAGCAACCCCCCAGCGCGCGGGAGCUCUAGCAGACUCCCCCUCCGGAUCCCCCGUAAUGUCACACUCUCGCACACGCAGUAGCGCCUCCCAGGCCGGGCUCGGCGUCUCUAGCAUCAAGGGCGAGACGGGCGUAGCCAACGUCACCAUUGUCUCUGCCACCGGCUAUCCACGCUCCACUAACGUCCGAGUAGUAGUCAAGCAACAGACCAGCAAAGGGAUGAAAGAAAUCCACAAGUCCAAAGCCCACAAGGUCCAUGAGUCCGAGGCACCCGUGCAAUUCGACCCCGACCACGAGACCAUCAAGAUCAACUCGGUGACGGCCGACGCGCAGUUCCAGCUGCAAGUCAAGGACCACGCCAUCUUCGGAUCAGACGAUAUCCUGGGAGAAGCGCUCUUCUUCCUUGACGACCAAGGGUCGAACGCAGGCAAGGAGCGUAACGUCAAGGUUGGAAAUGGCUUCGUGACUAUCAAGACUAUCUUUACGUCUUCGGAGUCCUCGUCCUUGAGGCCAGGUACUUCCCACUCCAACGUUGGUACAGAAGACAGCGUCGCUGACUCUCCCAAGCCACGUAGAAGUUUCCUAUCGAAACGAAGCGUCAGCGGCGUGAGCACAUCUAAUUGA